CCCCCGUCCCUCCCCGCCCCGUGUGCGUUCUGCUCCGGACUGCUUUCCUCUGGACAGCGACCAGCGAGGGUGUGGACGGAGCUCAGUCCUCAGGACCCCCUAGAAACACACUCUGCUCCUGGUGCCCUCUGUGACUGACCCGUGCAGCGUUUGUGAGGAUUAUGCGCGUGGAAGUGAGUCAUGACCAGAUGAGGAGCUGAUGUGGACUGGUUUUAAUUUUGCCCUCACGCCCAAAACACCUUGUACCUGUUAGAGAGGAGGACAGAGGAGGACAGAGGAGGGGACAUGGACGACAUCUUCACACAGUGUCGAGAGGGGAACGCUGUGGCUGUGCGCCUGUGGUUGGACAACACAGAGAAUGACCUCAACCAGGGAGAUGACCACGGCUUCAGCCCCUUACACUGGGCGUGCAGGGAGGGCCGCUCCAGUGUGGUGGACAUGCUCAUCAUGAGAGGAGCACGCAUCAAUGUCAUGAACAGAGGAGAUGAUACACCCCUGCACCUGGCAGCCAGCCACGGGCAUCGCGACAUCGUGGGCAAGCUGAUCCAGUGCAAAGCAGACACCAACGCAGCCAACGAGCACGGCAACACAGCCCUGCACUAUGCCUGCUUCUGGGGACAGGACCAGGUGGCCGAGGACCUUGUGACAAAUGGAGCCCAGGUGAGCAUCUGUAACAAAUAUGGGGAAACUCCACUGGACAAGGCCAAGCCCCACCUACGCCAGCUCCUCACAGAUAAGGCAGAGAAGCUGGGCCAGAGCAUGGCAAAGAUCCCCUUUAAAGACACAUUCUGGAAGGGCACGACCAGGACCCGGCCACGUAAUGGCACGCUAAACAAACAUGCCGGUGUGGACUACAAACAGCUCUCACUUUUGGCCAAAAUCAAUGAAAACCAGUCUGGAGAGCUGUGGCAGGGCCGCUGGCAGGGCAAUGAGAUCGUAGUCAAAGUUUUUAAAGUUCGAGACUGGACAACGCGGAAAAGCCGAGACUUUAAUGAGGAGUAUCCCAAACUCAGGAUAUUCUCCCACCCAAAUGUGCUGCCCAUGCUGGGAGCAUGCCAGUCUCCCCCUGCCCCUCACCCCAUCAUCAUCACCCACUGGAUGCCCUACGGCUCCCUGUACAACGUGCUGCACGAGGGCACCAACUUUGUGGUGGACCAGACACAAGCCGUUAAGUUUGCUCUGGACAUCGCCUGUGGAAUGGCCUUCUUACACACACUUGAACCCAUGAUCCCACGGCACUAUCUCAACAGCAAAAGCGUUAUGGUCGAUGAGGACAUGACCGCUAGGAUCAGCAUGGCAGACGUCAAGUUCUCCUUCCAGUGCCCCGGCCGCAUGUACUCCCCCGCCUGGGUGGCCCCUGAGGCCCUCCAGAAGAAACCAGAGGAGAUAAACCGGCGCUCCGCAGACAUGUGGAGUUUUGCCAUCCUGCUGUGGGAGCUGGUGACCCGAGAGGUGCCCUUCGCUGAUCUGUCCAACAUGGAGAUAGGCAUGAAGGUUGCCCUGGAGGGCUUGAGGCCCACCAUUCCGCCUGGCAUCUCCCCACACAUCUGCAAGCUCAUGAAGAUCUGCAUGAAUGAGGACCCAGCCAAGCGGCCCAAGUUUGACAUGAUCGUGCCCAUCCUGGAGAAGAUGCAGGACAAGUGACCCCUCCCUCUCCCCCCUGAACACUCACUGGAACCCGUGCCCUCUCCCGCUCCCCUCGGACUCACUGUGAUGGUGCUGUGGUGCCUUAAACUGUAGCUUCAAGCCCUGAGUCAAUCCAGCAGAACUUUUCUAUACCUUUGGGUGUUCAAUGUUAUGUGAUAAAAUUGCUUCAAAAAUCACAAGAACAUGUUGAUACUUUGCAGUGACAUCAUGCUGUGGGGGACUACAUGUAUGUCUGUGGUGGAAUGUUCAACAGUCACCAUGCACUGUUUUUAGGUUCACUGUGUAACUUUUUUGAUCUCCAUGGAGAUGUUAUUGCUUUGCCUGAAAUGCUUCACAGUAUUAACCUUGCACAGCGAGAUCGAUUCUUGCAAUAUUUGUGAGUUCACAAGUGCUUUGACCAAUCAGAUUCAAGUGGUCACCAUGACACUCCAUGUUUUCCUGAUCUUUCAGCGAGAGCCGCAACAAACACUGUGGCAUUUUUGGCAAAGCAAUAAUGUUUUCAUCAGUUGCAGGUGAUGAAUCCUCCACAUGAAAAGUUCCACAGCGUACCUUUAAACAGCCCCUUUUCAGGAGCCUGGGAUCAGUCCGAGUGUUCAUGGUCCUGUUUAGGUGAGAGUGACUCAAACUGUUGACUUAAAGAGUAUAAGUAAGCUCACCUGUUAGUUUCAGUGACCUAUUUAUGGUCAGAUUGUGUUAAAACAAAACUCCGAUUAAAGAAAAAGAGAUUCAGACAGAGCAGUACCUCUAGUUAGCGUCAUCCCUGCAGGGAAUUUUGAUGACAAUAACUGCAAAGUAUCAAUUACGGUUCUUGAGUGUAAAGCAGUGGAGCAUGUCUGCUUGCUGUACUGCUCAUUUGUCUGUGGGGAAAGUAUUGAAUGUUGAAUGCCUUAAGAUACUGUAUGCAAGUACGGCAGCCUGAAACAUGCCUCAAAUCCAGCUUCAAGGAGCACUGUGUAGCUUUUCUGGUGGGGGUUUGCUGCCUGCUCGUCUCCCUGGGGAUGUGAUUGCUUUGCCUGGAAUUUUCAACUGUUUUUAAGUUGUCCAUCUUUGUUUAUUAUUAUUGCUCAAAACUACACUGAACAUAUGUCUUCUAGUGAACAGGUCUUCUCCUCAGAUACAGAACAUGUUUGUUACCUUCUAUAGUUUUGCAAAUGCUGCUGAAAUGCCCCGAUGACGUUGGCUUGUGGGCGGAGCAUUGGACAGAAUCCUACUGCUCACUGUAUGGAAGGUUCAAGUACGGCCCAAGAGAGAUCGCAGGAUUAUUGAAACAUGCAGGGAUAACCUCUAAAACCUUUUUAAGUGUGAUCUCUCUUUAAUGCCAUACUGUGGAACAUUCCAAUUAAUGAAAUAUGUCUAUAGUGACAAUCGGGGGUGCUUCCAGCAGAAAACUUAACCAGUGCACUUUUAAAUUCUUUUAAAGUAAAAAUGUCAUCAGAUUUUUGCAUGUAUAGAGACUCCAUUCAGCUCGUAUGACUCCAACUCCCUGUUCUGUUGUCUUCAUCUGUACCUCCACCAGCUUUGUGCAAAAUCAAGAAUGUCUAAAAAGAUCAUAAAUGUACGUAUUUAUAAGGCGAUUAAAGUGAAAACUACUACA